UAUCCUCCCGCCUCACGCGCCUAUGCGACAUUUUUUGUGUCCGUCUGUUUCUUACAGCGUACUUUCAUUUGUUUUCUAUAUUUACAACGAUUUAGAACGCGCUUAGUGUAUUAGAGAUAAGAAAGAUUUCAAUCCCGCCAUGGCAGGAACUCUUGAAAAAAGUUCAAAUGAAAUCAUAAAACAUGGUGACUCAAUAAAUGAUAGUGGAAUCGAAAUGAGUGGUGAAGAAAAAGAAAAGGAAACAAAACUGAAUUUGAAUUGUCCUUGGGUACUUGGACAAUUAGCCUGGGCUCGAGGCAGCAGUUAUCCUUUCUGGCCUUGUGUUGUGACUCUGGAUCCAAAAACCAUGCUAUAUUACAGAGUUCAAAACAAAGGCAGAUCGCAAGCUCUAAUGAUCCACGUUCAAUAUUUUGGCGAUGGUGGUCGUCACAACUGGGUCUUGUCGCACUACAUGAUAGCAUUUUCUGGCCUGGAAGACUUCAAAAAUCUCACCAAAUCCAUAACUCCCGAGACAAAGAAGAAGGAUCCGAAAUACGCUGCUGCAUUCAGUCCGAAACUUGGCGUUAAGAAGCAAUGGGGCACUGGAGUUACUGAAGCUUCUGGUUUGAUGCACUUAUCAAACGAAGAAAGAGCUUCAAUGUUUGAGCCUAUUGCACCAUCUCCAGUUGAAACAGCUGACACUCCGAAUAAUAAAUUGAAAAGGAAACUCUCCGUAAAGGGAUCUAAGAUUCCAAAUGAGACUCCAACCCCUGGCCCCAAAAGAUUUAAAAAGGUCGAGAGCAAAGAUGAAGCAGGAAAAUCUUUACCAAACUCUGAAUCCAUCGCAAAAUUAGAAACUGAAUCUGUGAAUGAAUCAAUAUCCGUACCUAAAGAAGAGUUGAGUAAAGCAACCCCGGUUGCUUCCAGACGUAAGAGUACGAGAGCUCAAAAUCAGAGUGUCAAAGAAGUUGUGGAUACACCGAAGCGCCAAUAUAUAAGGAAAAAGGCACCCAAAUUGUCGGAGGAAGAGAAAAAUAGAAGAGACGAGAUUGAUUUUGAAGACUAUUAUAAUUUGAAUAAAGAUGUUUGGAAAGCUGAGCAUCCUGAGGCUUCAGAUGAGGAAGUUAGAACACUUCUGAAAGAUAUGUGGAAUGAAAUGGACGCUGCGGAAAAGAGCAAUAACUUGAAUAGAAACUUUGACGAUUACAGGUACAAGUCGACUGUAGAUCAGCCGGAAGUCAAGCGCUCUGAAACGAAAUUGCAAAAAGAUGAUUCGAAAAAUAAGGAGAAUUCUCAGCAGGGCAACAAGAAUAUCUCUAAAGUUAAUAGUAAAACUGAGGAUAAGAUCAGUCCUGAGAGUGAAAAAGUAAUUGAAACCCCUAAAGCUAAUGGCUCUUCUCAGAAGGAUAAAGUCAAGGCGGUUAUGAAAGCCAAUGGAAGUCCUCAGAAAGAAAAAAGGAAGUUGACUGAAAUUUCGGAUGAUUCUCAGUCUCAGAAAGGAACAAGCGACAAGAAUUCUAGAACAGAAGUUGUUUCCCAGAAUGGGAAAAACGAGAAAUGUGAAACUAAAAGUUCGCAGGACGAUCCGAAAAGUGAGAAUUUGAAACAGAAUUCUUUGAAAGAAUCAGAAGAAGAUAAAAUAUGUCAGUCUUGUCAAAAAAAAGAUUCGCCUCGAAAAACGAGCAAAGAUAAGACAGAAAAUGAAGACAAAAUUGUAGAGGGAGGCGAAAAAGUGGACAGCAAAAUGAAAGUUGAAGGAGCAGACAACGGCGAGUUUGUGUGCACAAAUUGUCGAAACGAAAAAGCCUAGUCGUGUGUUGACAGGCGAGAAAAAUAAUUUCCUUUAAUUGCUCUAUCGUUAAAAUGUUGCUAGCGAAUAAUUAUUAUUUGGACAAUUUUCUUCUGCCAGCAAGUUGUAUUAAAACUUGCAUAUUUUUUUACAACAGAAAGAAGCUUUAUUUGUAGAAAAAAAUGGAAUCGUAAUAUGGACGUUAAUGAAGUACUCGCUAUUAGCAAGAAAAAUCCUAGACUGCAGUUGAAUACUCUAUUGUACUUACAUAUUUUUAUACUCUAUGACUAGAAUUGUGAAAAGUAAUACAUGCCUGAUACGUAUGUUUUAACGUGAGUUGAUAGUUUAAGGAUUAUGCUAUCUUAAAAUUAUAUUCAUAUUAUUAACAGUGCGUGUUCUUCCAAAGUGUUUUGUGGCUUGAUUAGAAAAUUUAGGUAGAUCAUGGCAUUUAAUUCAAAAGUUAUUGUAGGAAUUUUUGUUUUUAAAUAUAACAAAAAUAAAUUUAUGUUUUGAUACCAUA